AUGCCAACACCGGAGGAUACAAACAGAACCGAAAGAAAUACUACCUCCAACCAAGGACCAAGUACUGAACCCCUGUCCGGCACACGCGAGUCCACACAGCACGGAGCAGACAAUACGCCUCGCGAUACUACACGCCGGACAGAAAUCUACACCGAUAACCCGGACCACGCGAGUCGUCUUACAGACGAGGAACAUACGCUUAUGGCGGAUGGGACACGUCGUACGGAUCAGGCUUUGAUGCAGUACUUGUUUCAAGAUGAUAUCUGGGAGGCUAUUGAUACUAGUGAUAUUCGUGAUAGGGAGACGCGGGGGGAUGGUGGGAAUGGACAUGGCAAUGGAAGGCAAGGAGGCGAGAGCGAUUUAAAAUUGCCGAAUGGAACGGAGGGGAGCCACGAAGAGGAGUUGAAGAGGAGUUGA